UAGACAGCUAUCCUGUCAUUUUCGUAAUUUCAUUGAAGCAGAGCACGGAAAGAGGCAAUUUGCCAAGUUUUGUACACACGUUUCCUUAUUGGAAUCAAAAUUAGUGUUCAUCUUUAUGAUUAAAGGCAGUCUAAUUGUUCGAUGAUAUGGUGACAACGUUUUGAUAGUGGUUCAUGUUGAAAUUGGUGAGCCGUAACUGCGAAUUUGUUAAUGAUUCUUAGAAGAUCUUAACACUCUAUGUACAAAUGAAAUGCAAUAUUCGUGAACUUGCUCAAUUGAGCGAUCAACCUUGUGUGAUAGAAGGAAGAUUAAACUAUAAAAAGAUUUCCAAUGGCAGUUAUCGUAAUCAGACAGUAUUCAAAGAGAGAUGGUUUCGGCUGAUUAACAAUUAUUUAUUUUAUUUCAAAAUCAGUGAAAUGGGAAAGUUUGAUACAAAAUGUCCUGCUGGGAUGUUUGUGUUAGAGAAUUCUUCCAUACAAAUGGAACAUGGGCAGAGCAUACCAUUUUCAUUUUCUAUUUCUUUUAUAGAUGAGCCCGAAAAACGACAUGUAUUUGCAGCGCGAGCUGAAGAUAAUGUGGUUCAGUGGGUUAUGAAACUAAGGCAGAGCUCAUAUGAAUAUCUACGAAACAGACUUCAUGCACUGCAGUCCAAGAUAUUUGCAAUCACUGGAAAGGAUCCUUUGCUCCUGGUGCCAAGGAAUGAGGGAGCAUGUUUGUGGGCCCCAUCUGUACCAUUCUCAACAGCUCCAGCUUGCACUGUUAAUACCAGUUCAUUCAGUUGCCAUCUUCACACAAAUGGCGCGUUUACACUCGAAAGAAGCAAAUCAGAUGUUCAGGCUCAUAAACAUUUCCAUGCAGAAUACUCUCAAAAAUCUACAUUUUAUACUGACGACCACAAAAAGGUAAUUGAGAGACGAGAGCAUUCCAAUGAAGUGUAUUCUCUAGAGAGAAGUAAAACAUCGGCGCUUUUACCUGGUAGUGCGAAUCCGAUUGAUAAAACUAUAUUCGACAAUCGACCACUCUACUCUAGAGCUGCUCCGAGUCCGCCCGUCAGAACGAAGCUAUCGCCAAGCAGUCGACGUGUUGAAAUGAAUCAAGAUGUUAAGGUUUUUGCUGAACAAAGUAGAAAUUUAGGUAUAACAGGUAUUCUAGAUGAAGCACCAAUUCCGCCUAGAAGAAAAGUGUCACCAAAAAAUUUGGAUAUUCCAAACCCUACCAUUGAGAUUACUAACAAUAUUGCCAGCACAGCUCCUGAUGAUGGCAGUGACGAUCUGAUUAAAUUUUAGUGUGUCCAGUUGCUGGAAAGGAAUCCCACCUAUUUAUUAUAAUAAAUUAUUUAAUAACUUGCCAGUUGUAUAGUUUAUUUCUAUGUUGUUUAGCUGGAAAUAUUGAAUAUUGAACAGAUUUAAUAAUUAUUACAUUUUUCAAUGAAGAGAUUGAAAUGUGUAAUUAAAAAGUUAUUUUUAUAUAUUAUUUUUUGUAAUUAGUCUUAGAAUUGACCUACUCAUUAUCGUGAUUCUUAGGAUAUACAAUGUACAUGACUUUGUAUGUAUAUGUAAGUCUACAUCGAGAUUUUUAUAAAUUUAUAGUGAAAUUUUGUAAGUUUUAUAGGUACUAUAUCUAGACCAAAACAUAAAUAGACAUAAAAUAGAUCCUGGAUAGCAUUUUCAAAGCCAUUUAUUAUAAGAUAUAAGAUAUCUAUGUACAAACCGAACUACCCUCAUGAUGCUAUGUCGUAUAUUAUAUUUCAUAAGCAAAAUUAUUGGAACAAAUUGCAUAGUCACAUUAUUGCUUGAAUAAUGCUUAUUUUAAUAGAAACAUUGUAUUUGGUGCUUUAUGAAUACAAGCGUUCAUUAAAUUGCAUUGAAUUAACAUCUUUGUGUUUAUUAUA